AUUUUAGCUUGACGGCCAUGGCCACUCGGUGCCUUCCCCUGCUUCGCCGAGCCCCUCUUCUCUCCCCUCAUCCGCCGCCUUUCCUCCACCUCUCCUCACUCUCCACUUCCAUCAAUCAGCCCAAAUUCAAACCCUCAAUCACCCGUUGCUGCGCCUCAAUCGAAGAAUCCGCGCCGUCUACUCUCACGCAAUCUGAAAUUCCAACAAUGCGCAGAAAUUCAAACUGGAAGCCAAUGUGCUUGUACUACACCCAAGGCAAAUGCACCAUGAUGGAUGAUUCUAUGCAUGUUGAGAAGUUCUGCCAUAGCUGCUCGAUUGAGCUGCGGGAUGGAAUUCCGGAGCUGAGGAAUCUCCGGGAACAAAAGUUCGAUUACUUUCUGGUGCUCGAUUUAGAGGGCAAAGUUGAGAUUCUGGAGUUUCCUGUGCUGUUGUUUGAUGCGAAAACUUUGGAUGUGGUGGAUGUGUUUCACAGGUUCGUAAGGCCUACAAAGAUGAAUGAGAAAAGAAUAAAUGAGUACAUUGAGGGAAAGUAUGGUGCUUUUGGGGUUGACCGUGUCUGGCAUGACACAGCCAUAACGUUUCCUGAGGUCAUUGAACAAUUUGAAAGUUGGCUGAGAGUGGAGCGCAAUGUGGGUAGUAGGUUAUGGACAGAGGAGGGAGAUGGACGUCUCAAUGGUGCAGCAUUUGUAACUUGUGGGAAUUGGGAUUUGAAAACCAAAGUACCCCAGCAAUGUGAGGUAUCCAGGAUGGAGCUUCCACCAUAUUUUAUGGAAUGGAUCAAUCUGAAGGACAUCUACCUAAACUUCUACAAUCGAAGGGCACCGGGAAUGCUUUCAAUGAUGAGAGAACUCCGUUUAAAACCAUUAGGAAGCCACCAUCUUGGCAUUGACGAUUCAAAAAAUAUUGCAAGAGUGUUGCAGCAUAUGCUCACGGAUGGCGCCUUCAUGCAAAUUACCGCGAAAAGAACUCACAGCUCCCCUAGCGCUGUCAGAUUUCUCUUUCAGAAUCGUAUCUAGUUUCUCGGGUAUGGCCGUGACAAAGUGAAAAUGGAUCACAAGGAGGCUCAGGGGGUUGCUGAGAAAAUGAAAGAAAGGUGAGGACCGGGAGUGUGGUUGGAUCAAGUGUGGCCGGCUGUGUUUGUACAGCCCUCUCCAUCUCCGGAAUAGGCAGAGUUGCACUUGCUGCCCUUCGGGAACUUGGCUUUGUUGCCGCUUCUCCACAAAACUCAACGAAACUAUCUCGAGUGAGGUAGGGAAAGCAUAUGGCAGGAUGAUGUAGGUUCACCUCUUUUGUGUAGUUAUCCGAGUGUGUUAUAGUUCAAGAUAUGCUCUUUUCUUCACAUCCAUAGCCUAGCUUUCGGAAAAGAACUUAGAACUUUUCUUCAGAUUCAUCUGCUUUAUAUUGGUGAGUAAUUGUUCUACUUAUGCUUGUAUGUGUUGGUUGAUUAGUUAAUGUUUGUUUUAGCUACCUAGUCAAAGUUAAGAUGUAAUCUUCUUCCCCAUAUGUAAAAUAUUGAUUGAUGAAUUUCUAUUUCUACAUUCUGCAAUAUUUUGGAUGCA